AUGGCAGAGAAAACUGAUAAUAAAGUUUGUGAAACCAUUCAGACCAGAGGGCAAGAUGAUAAGUCUAACUUAUUUUUGAUAAAUACUAAUAAUAACAGUAUGGAAUGCAAUAUGUCUUCUUUGGAUGUAUUAUAUCAGUCAACCUUCCAGAAAAGCAAUAUUACAAGAGCAGAAGAAAUAUCUUGUAAAGAGUCUGGAAUAUUUAGCCAAGAUAGUAAAGAUGGAACUAAAUACAAUAUAGUAUUCUCAGAAAGUAAAUCUCAUGUAUUCAUAAUAAAAGGGGAAAGUGAAGAGAUUCAUGUUUGUGAUAUCAGCAUCAAGAGUGAAAACAAUGCUGAUAUUGCAGAAAGCUUUAAAUAUUGUCCUGAUCAAAGAGCAAUCCAUUUAUUGCAGGUAUUCUUUGGAGAAUUAUGUCGAAUCAAUACUCUGGAAGAUACUAUGUGA